AUGGCGAAGAAGUCGCGCGCGGACGAGCCUCCCAACCCCAGCAGCGUCGCGAACCGGGACAUGCUUCAGCGCAUGAACUUUUUGUACCAAGCCUCCGCAUUCUUGCAGACCGCCUCGUUAUCCCUUCCUCAGACCUCCCCAAAACUGAAGCCGGCUCUGACUAGCGAUGGGCUGAAUCCGGCUAAACCUGCGAGAGCCAGUGAAUCGAACAAGCGCGCUAGAAAGCGUAGCGCAGAAAGCUACGGUCAGAAUGGAUCCGUCUGUCAAGCGCACAGUAUGCCGAGGAUGCGAUGCGAUACUCAUUCCGGGAGUAUCGUCGCGAGUACGGGUAGCUGCGUCUGGCCCACAUGUUGA